GCGCGCCGGCGCCGCCACCCCCACAGCGGGCGGCGGUUAGUGCAGUGGGCCAGCUGCCGGCGUGGGACCGACGAGGGCGGGAAGGCGCCGAACUGAAGGCUGGCACGGUUUCCUAGAUAUAAAAGACAGGCCGAGUUUAGAAUACCAUUCCAAAAUGGCAGCUCUUAAGGAAGAGAGAGAUGUGGAAGACUACAAGAGGAAAGGAAGACGAUCCUCACAGGGCCAUGAGCCAAAGGAGCCAGAGCAGUUGAGAAAGCUGUUCAUUGGAGGUCUGAGCUUUGAAACAACAGAUGACAGCUUGAGAGAACACUUUGAAAAAUGGGGCACACUCACGGACUGCGUGGUGAUGAGAGACCCCCAAACAAAACGUUCCAGAGGCUUUGGCUUUGUGACUUAUUCCUGCGUGGAGGAGGUGGAUGCUGCCAUGAGCGCUCGACCGCAUAAGGUCGAUGGACGUGUGGUUGAACCAAAGAGAGCGGUUUCGAGGGAGGAUUCUGUAAAGCCCGGGGCACAUCUCACAGUAAAGAAGAUAUUUGUUGGUGGAAUUAAAGAAGAUACAGAAGAAUAUAAUUUAAGGGAGUACUUUGAAAAGUAUGGCAAGAUUGAAACCAUAGAAGUCAUGGAAGACCGGCAAAGCGGAAAGAAGAGAGGCUUCGCUUUUGUAACUUUUGAUGAUCAUGAUACAGUUGACAAAAUUGUUGUUCAGAAAUAUCAUACUAUAAAUGGACAUAACUGUGAAGUGAAAAAAGCACUCUCAAAACAAGAGAUGCAAACUGCUAGCUCCCAGAGAGUGAAAUAUUUUGCAGGUCGUGGGGGUGGCUCAGGCAACUUCAUGGGUCGUGGAAACUUUGGAGGUGGUGGAGGGAACUUUGGCCGAGGAGGAAACUUUGGUGGCAGAGGAGGCUACGGGGGUGGCGGUGGUGGUGGUGGGAGCAGAGGAAGCUUUGGGGGUGGUGAUGGAUACAAUGGAUUUGGUGAUGGUGGCAACUAUGGAGGUGGUCCUGGCUAUGGCAGCAGAGGAGGUUACGGUGGUGGUGGAGGACCAGGAUAUGGAAACCCAGGUGGUGGAUAUGGAGGUGGAGGAGGAGGAUAUGAUGGCUACAAUGAAGGAGGGAAUUUCGGUGGUGGUAAUUAUGGUGGAAGUGGCAACUACAAUGAUUUUGGCAAUUACAGUGGACAGCAGCAGUCUAACUAUGGUCCCAUGAAAGGUGGUGGCAGCUUUGGUGGCAGAAGUUCAGGCAGUCCCUAUGGUGGUGGUUAUGGAUCUGGAAGUGGAAGUGGGGGCUAUGGUGGUAGAAGAUUCUAAAAAUACUACCAGGAAAAAGGGUUGAAUGAGAAGCUGCUGCUUGACAAAAUGGGGAAUGUCUUGCACAUCCUCUUCCGUUGACGGUUUCUGACUGGGUAAGAUUUGUAGCGUAUAGUAAAACACUUGUUUAACCCUUGUUUCCUUGGAGGCUUUCCUUUGCCAGCCUUUUUGUGCCAAGGAAAGCCUUAAGUAUUAAGGAGCAAGUAUUCCAGCAUCUGCCAUCCUGUCUUUGCUGUGCUGGGUGAGGGUGGCCUGCUGACAUAGUUACUAUUCAAGAAUCUUCUGUUCCCGGCAGGUGCAAAAUCGCCACGGGGCCAAGGUGAUCAAGACGGAAAUGAGCAAUGUUUUGGAGUCUGUGCUGUAGUUGUGGUGGGGUGUGGGCUGCAGGGGCCCUGGGGAAGUGGCUGUUCCCUUGUAGUGGAAGAGGUGCCUGGCAGGAACCCGGGAGGGCGUGAGUGCUGCAGCAGUGGGUUCCUCACAGCUCCCGGUGCUAUGUGAUGUGCUGCUGCCACUGCUGCAGGAAUGUGUCCAACAAUUGGGACGGUGGUUUCCCUCCUUGGAAAGGAAUCCUGGCUCGUGGGUUUGCAUUUACCUGUACAGAUAAGAGUUCCCUUCCAGAUGUUUGGUGCUCUCAGGCCAGGUAGCUCUGUGGACGCUAACACUGUCCCGUGGUACUGGGCUGAAAGCACAACUGCACUUACCUGAUAAGCAGCAAUAAAAGAGCUUUUCAGGGCAACUUCUUUUACACUCCUUGGUUCUUAACUCUUGGAACAUGUGUUCCAUUUUCUGCAUCUUUCAUUGUUGCAGGUAUGGAAAAUCUUAAACUUCUUAAGCAGUAGUCUGUUAUCUAUUUAAACUUGCCAGUACAUUUCUCAGUUUGUGUGCUGUUUAUUUUUGUGAAGUCGGGUUUCUAUUUCGGUGCUAUUUUAUGCUUCAGUUUCUUGGAAAAUAAAGCCAUGUGGAACUUGUGCAUUUCAGUUUUAACAUGGGACUUAGGCAUGUUCACAGGCUGAUUUAAGCUUGUAAACUAAUCUACUGACUGUAAACAUCCAGAAAGUAAACUCUUCACAUGGUAACAUACUCCCAAGUUAACUUUUCGGUUUAGUCUAUGGUGGGAAUGUUGAGGUUUUUGUAUAGUCAUGAGAUACAUAUGGAAAUCUCACAACAACUGUGUGGUUUUUAAAGUGUUGACAAAUGUUUUUGCUUGGCCAAGAUUGAGCCAAAAUUUGAAGCUGCUGCAGUGAGGUCAGUCAAAGGCAAAUGAUUUUGCACUUGACAGGUAACAGUAAAAUCUUAAACCGUAAAAGCUUAAAAAUAUUUUAACAAGAUUCAGUUUGCAUUCUGAUACUAGGCCCAUGAAUAGAGCAGAGCUCCCAACUUUGCUUAACGUGAGGUGAUUCUCUGUUGCUACAGACUUGUUCUCUGCUCUAAAGGGGUCUUUUUCCACCACGUUUAGAACUGGAUGGUCACUGUUAGAACCAUUUUCAUGCUUGGAUUUACAACAUUUUUACUAGAAUAAUUUGGUUAACAUUGAUUUUCCAUACCCCAGUUUUAGAAAUAAACCUUGUCAAAGACAAACAUGUCCUUAAGGAGUACUUGGUCAAGUGUAUCUUUGUCCAAGAGGCACUUCCAAGAGUUACGAACAUUGUUUCACAGCUUAGGUUUUGCUAUAGUGGCUGCUGUUGAAAAUCACAGCUGUAAGUGGAGACAGAGAUGUAAAGAUGUAAAGUUAACGAAGUGUUGGUCCUGAAGCUGUACUUCAGAAGUAUAUUUGAUACCUAAACCUGUGUGUUCAACUAAAAGCAAUGGUACUUCCAGGUAGUAAAAAAUUUAUUUCCCCCAGUAGGGCCCAGGUUGAUGCAGAUGUGGUAAGUGUUUUGUUAUUCUAGAGCACUAACAUUGAACACAGCAUUUUGCCCUUGAUACCCUUGCACUAUUCAAGGCAGGAAGAGGAAUAUGCUCUUGGUCUUUCCAGCAUUGAUUGUGUGAUGUACUGACUUGCUGUCUUUGGUUCCUGUGUUUAAGACAUUCAUGUGUUUUCAUAUGGUGCCUGCACUGCAGUGGAAUAUUCACUUACAUCUUAGUCUGUGGUCUCUUACAAGUGUUUGUAUCUUAAAUGGUGUGGAGCAUGAAACAUCUCGAGUGUCACUAAAAGACGUCUGAUGGAUUAUUCUUUUUCUGCUGUGGGUGCUACAGGUUGACAUCUCACUAAGAUUAGCUUUUUCCUGAACUAAAGUAAUCCAAGUGUCUCCGUAGAAGAAAAUGGCCUUCAUGUAGAAGAUAAUAUCGCAAGAUUGGAAACAGAAUAAUAUGUUAUAACUGGCAAAGACUUCAGGAGUAAUGGUGCUAAUGUGCUGAAAUCUUAGAACUUGUGGUUAAACAAGUUUAAAAAUAGCAUGGAAAUUUUAUAUUCCAGUAUGGUCCAUAAUGGAUUGAAAUUUGUCAAAAUAUUUCAAUUUUGUAUCAGAAUAAAGUGUAUCUUGUCAAAGGACUGUAACAAUCUGUAGUGCGUUGCCAUCACGUUUUUUUAGUGCUGUGAGGAACACAAAGCGGUCUGAAUUAUUGCCACGCUUUGAGUUACAGGAUCACCUUUCCAACUCAGGAUGACCAGCCAGAAACAAACCUUGAUGCGACCCAGCUCUUCAGUUUUACUUUUCGAAGUUCUAAAACUGAAUGUUUUGGUCAAGAAAUAAGUGGUCUUCAGGUGCAGGCUUGUGGGUGUGUGAGGUCAGCAUUGUCAUGCAUUGGACCUGACAAUGCCACUGGCCACUCUUGGGUUUGGGAACAAAAUUGUUUGGUUAUAGAUACCUCAGUAAAAAUAAAAUGAAUCAUAUUGUUUGCAAUCUGAAA